GGAGAGUGGGGCUGGAUAGGCAGCGGGAUUUCAGCGAGAGGCGGCGAAGCUGAUUUGGGGCAAGAGGACGAGAGAAUGUGCCCUGACAGAAGCGGACCGGUAGUAUAAAUAGUUGAAGACGCACUGAUUACUUUCUGGACCUGACUGGUUUAUAAAUUCUGAACAAAUGAUGGAAAGCCAAGAAUUUACCGUACUAUAUACUCAUCAAAAGAUGAAGAAGUCAAAAGUGUGGCAGGAUGGAAUUCUGAAGAUUACUCACUUAGGAAACAAAGCAAUUUUAUAUGAUGACAAAGGAGGCUGUUUGGAUAGUAUAUUUCUUAAGUGCCUUGAGGUGAAGCCUGGAGAUGACUUAGAAAGUGAUCGAUACUUAAUCACUGUUGAGGAGGUUAAAGUUGCUGGAAGCAUCGCUGUUAAACAGGAUGUCACUAAAGAAGCACCAGAGUUAAACUCAAGGAGGUUUAUAUCCUCUGGCCGGUCCCUUGGAUGUCAGCCCGCUGGUUUAAAAAGGAAGUUUACUGGUUUUCAAGGACCACGUCAAGUGCCAAAGAAAAUGGUUAUUACAGAGAACGGUGAAUCAGCUGCAUCACUUGAGGCUAAGAAACCUGGCCCUGCUUUCCUUUCUCCAGUCUACAGCUCACCUUCUUUGUUUUCUACUGUUGGCAAGAGAGAGAUAAAUAAUAUGCCAGCAGACUCGGAGAACACUGUCACUUACAAGAACAGAGAGAGAAAUGGCAUACCUUUUUCUUCAGUUGUCUCUAUUCCAUCCUUCAAGAUUAACCCAGAAAUGCUGUGUGAAGAAAAUUAUUUUUGUUCUCCUAUGAGUUCUGUAAAUAAGCAGUCAGAUUCUUUACUGACCAAUGAGGCCAUGAAAAGAGAUGGUUUGGCAUCUCACUGUUUAGGAGUUUCACAAAACAUCAGAAGCACAACACAGAUAUUAGCUCUUCUGAAGUCCAAAUCAACUAGUAUUUGUAAGGAACUAAAUUCUGAGAUUAAAGAACAUUUCCCUCAGAUACAGCCACAAGGAACUAUAAACAUUCCUAAUAAACCAAAGUGCUUAGUGGAACGGGAAGAGUGCGCUGAGGUGAAGGGCACAGAAAGGUUACACCACCAGCAUCAAUCAGAAAAUACCAUGAGAAGUAAAAGCCGGUGGGCCAUGUAUGUAUCCUCACAGAGUUCAGCUGCACAUUCUUCUGCUGAAGGUGGAAAUGGUAGAGAAAGGAAACCCAAGUCCCAGGGAGAGAAUAUAAAUUUAAAUUUGAAAGAGUUUUUGGUACAAAAAAGGAUACAGUUCUUUGAAACAUGUGCUGAAAAGGGGAAAAAAUAUAAUGAAGACAAGCCAGUAGAUAAUAAUGAUCAGUCCUGGGAUCAGGAAGUAACAUUGGAAACGCCUUCAUUCUGUGAAAGCAACAGCUUACCAGUUUCCUGUAGCAAUGUAGAAAGUGACGACUUAUCAGGAUCAGACAUUCAGGAAAAUGAUAAAAUACCUGUUCAUCAGAAUGACCAGAUGUGUGUAGAAGGGUCAAUUCUCAUUAGAGAAAAUGCUGAGGAGGUAAGUAUAUGUGGAACACCAGAAGAGGGGUAUAAGCAACCAGUGUCGUAUCUGCCAGGAUGUGAACAUCUGCAAGUGGCAUCUUCUCUAAAUAGCACUUCUAGGAUCUCUCAUAAUACGACUGACGUGUUUUCUAAAAGUCAUACUGACAGUGAAAGUCUUACUAUUCAUGAACCUGUCAGUAAUGUAACACAGCCACUUGUGGAGGUGACUUUUGACCUGAACAAUUUUGAAACCAGUGACACUGAAGAGGAAUCACAGGAAAGCAAUAAAAUUUCCCAGGAUUCAGAGGGUUGGGUAAGGGAAACUUUGGUUAAUGAUGGCAAUUCAUGUGUUCAGAAGAGAUGUGAGGAUACGAGCCAUGAAGAAGCUGACAGUGAACGUCUGCCUCUCUCAGCGUCUAGUGGGAGUACACCUACAGAGGCGUUUCCUGUUGAAGAGGCUCUGCCGUCACAGUUUUGUGGUAAAACUUGUGUAGGUUUUGACACAAGACCUUGGGAAACUGGAAACACUGGAAGAGAAAUAGAGGAGUGUAGUGACACAUUAAGCAAUUUUGACUCAUCUUUAGCGUGGACUGAUGAUGUAUACAUAAAUAAUAAUGAGGAUGUGAGUAAAUCUACCCCCAAAGUCAGAAUUAACUAUGAUUUUGCUUCACUUCCAAAUAAACCUAAAGGUAUAAAUACAAGUUUACAUAUUCCUCAUUUUUUAAACAAAGCCAAUAAUCAAACUCCUGAAAAUAACCUAUUUUCAGAACAGGCUCAGCCUCAGCCCUUUAUUAUGGGAGGCGACUUACACAAAAAUGAUGAACAGGUUUUACCCUCCACCUCUAGCAGUGACAUCAGUAUCCAACUCUUGGGUGCCAGUCAGAAUCACUCUGAAGAACGUAUUGCACUUGAUAAAUCAAAUUCUCUAGUUUCUGAUUCUUUGUUUUACCCUCUGGGAAAAAAGCAUUCUAUUUCCAAAGACACAGAAGCACAUAUUCCUGAAUCUGAAGAUUUAGGGAGGAUUAGAAGUUUAUCCGGUGACCAUAUUGAAGUAGACACUGCUGGAGAAAGCAAACAAUACUGGAAUAGUCCUAGAAAUUCUUCAGAACUUUCUGGAUUAGUAAAUAACAUUUCGCUUCUAAAAUCCUUGUCUGAACACACUACAGCUUUAGAAGGCUUGGAAAUAUUGAAAAAGAAAAAUACUACCUUUAAGCAACAGGAAACUCUGCAGACGUAUGCGCCGGAUAGCAGUCCCAAAGCUAGGAAACUGUUGCCUACAGUUGUUUCACAAGCUAUACCAAACUCUCCUCAUCUGAACCAGGCUUCUCAACAGAUUAUGAAAGAAAAUGAAGUUGAACAAAGUGAACCACUACAGUCUUUGCAGUUCUUUUCCUUGGGAAGUGAAGAAGAGACUGCUUUUCUGGCUGUUAUUCCUAAACAAACAGAGAGAAAAACCUGCGACCCUAAGCCUGUUGAGUUUCAAGGGCACCAAGUAAAGGGAUCAGCUACUAGUGCUGUGCUGGUCAGAGGACACAGCUCCCAGCUAGAACACAGUCAGUUUCCAGAGAGUGCUGGGUAUGGCAGCUGCAUGACGGACACUUGUUUUUUGACACCAAAGUUGCCUAGCACUUGUAUGCAGAUUGACUUCUUGCAGGUGACCCCAGAACAAAAGAUCUCAACAUCAAGUCCUGUUUCUACUUUUUCUUUGAACUCAAGAGAUGAAGACGUCAUGCCAAAAUUCUCUGAGGAGUCCCUGAAAGCAAGAACUUUACCUGUAAUGAGAAAAUCCAGUUCUCUGGAGAAUGAGAACCUUCAAAGGCUUCCUUUAGAAAUAAAUAGCUCUGAGCUAUGCUUCCCAAGUGGGCAGAAAAUAAAAUCUGCUUAUCUUCCCCAACGGCAGAUUCACAUACCAGCUGUUUUUCAGUCAUCUGCUCAUUACAAACAGAUUUUUUCAUCUUGUCUCAUAGAACAUCUAAAUAUAUUGCUGUUUGGAUUGGCACAAAGGUUGCACAAAGCUCUUUCAAAAGUUGACAUAUCAUUUUACACAUCAUCAAAAAGAGAGAAACUGAAAAAUGUGGAAAAUAAUGUGCCAUCCUGCCACCAUCAUCAACCUGCAAAACUUGUCAUGGUUAAAAAGGAAGGUCCAAAUAAGGGUCGCCUCUUUUAUACCUGUGAUGGAGCCAAAGCUGACCGAUGUAAAUUUUUCAAGUGGCUUGAAGAAGUGACCCCAGGAUAUUUAACACAGGAAGAAUCUCUACCUAGCGUGGUUUUAACUGAUAUAAAGAGUAUUGGCUUGUACUUAAGAAGUCAAAAGAUACCCCUCUAUGAGGAAUGCCAGCUUUUGGUGAGAAAGGGAUUUGAUUUUCAAAGAAAACGGUAUGGCAAACUAAAGAAGUUUUCUACUGUAAAUCCUGAAUUUUAUAGUGAAUCUAAAAGCAAACUCUAUCUUAAGCUGAGUCGGAAGGAAAUUUCUUCAGCUUAUAGCAAAGAUGAUCUCUGGGUUGUUUCGAAAACCCUAGACUUUGAACUGGACACGUUUAUUGCAUGCAGUGCUUUCUUUGGACCGUCAUCUGCCAAUGAGGUGGAGCUACUACCUUUGAAAGGUUACUUCCCCUCUAAGUGGCCCACUCACAUGGUGGUUCAUGCACUCUUGGUUUGUAACGCUAGCACAGAGCUGACCACUUUGAAAAACAUCCAGGACUACUUUAAUCCAGCUACUCUGCCUCUAACACAGAGCCUGUUAACGCUGUCUUCAUCAACUACAGUUAGCAACAAGAGAGUCAAUAAGAGAAAAUUUAUCCCACCGGCCUUUUCGAAUAUCAACACAAAGUUUGAACUCCUCAGCCUAGGAGCAACGUUGCAGUUAGCUAGUGAGUUAAUUCAGGCACACGAGUUAAACAAGGACCAAGCUACAGCUCUAAUUCAGAUAGCUCACAUGAUGGCCUCACACGAAAGCAUGGAAGAAGUGGAGGAACUGCGAACCCCUACCCUCCCUAUCACCAUCAUACAUGGUGUUUUUGGAGCAGGAAAGAGUUAUUUGCUGGCAGUGGUGAUUUUGUUUUUUGUACAGCUAUUUGAGAAGAGUGAAGCUCCUACAGUUGGAAAUGCAAGACCAUGGAAACUUCUGAUUUCUUCUUCCACUAAUGUAGCUGUUGACAGAGUACUUCUUGGGCUUCUCGGUCUUGGAUUUGAAAAGUUUGUCAGAGUUGGGAGUGUUAGGAAGAUUGCCAAGCCAAUUUUACCUUAUAGCUUGCAUGCUGGCUCAGAAAAUGAAAAUGAGCAAUUAAAAGAACUACAUGCAUUGAUGAAAGAAGACCUGACUCCUGUGGAGAAAGUCUAUGUGAGGAAAAGUAUUGAGCAGCAUAAACUGGGGACCAAUAAAACCCUCCUGAAGCAGGUUCGAGUAGUUGGAGCUACCUGUGCGGCCUGCCCGUUCCCGUGCAUGAAUGAGCUUAAAUUUCCUGUGGUUGUGCUGGAUGAGUGUAGUCAGAUAACUGAGCCGGCCUCUCUCCUUCCUAUUGCAAGGUUUGAGUGUGAAAAGCUCAUUCUUGUUGGAGAUCCCAAACAGCUUCCUCCUACUGUUCAGGGUUCUGAUGCAGCUCAUGAAAAUGGAUUGGAACAAACUCUUUUUGAUCGACUUUGCUUAAUGGGUCACAAGCCAGUUCUAUUGAGAACCCAGUACCGUUGUCACCCUGCGAUCAGUGCUAUUGCUAAUGAUCUGUUUUAUGAAGGAAACCUCAUAAACGGUGUUUCGGAAACAGAGAGGAGCCCUUUAUUGGAAUGGCUACCAACGCUGUGUUUCUAUAAUGUCAAAGGACUGGAACAGAUUGAAAGAGAUAACAGCUUUCAUAAUGUGGCAGAAGCUGCUUUUACACUCAAGCUGAUUCAAUCACUGAUUGCAAGUGGAAUCUCGGGCUCUCUGAUUGGGGUGAUAACAUUAUACAAAUCCCAGAUGUACAAGCUGUGUCACUUACUGAGUGCCGCGGACUUCGACCAUCCUCAUCUUAAAGCUGUGCAGGUGUCCACAGUAGAUGCUUUCCAGGGAGCUGAGAAGGAGAUCAUUAUUCUGUCCUGUGUAAGGACGAGACAAGUAGGAUUCAUUGACUCAGAAAAGAGAAUGAACGUUGCAUUGACCAGAGGAAGGAGGCAUUUGUUGAUUGUGGGAAAUUUAGCCUGUUUGAGGAAAAAUCGACUAUGGGGGCGUGUGAUCCAACACUGUGAAGGAAGGGAAGGCGGAUUACAACAUGCAAGCCAGUGUGAACCACAGCUGAACCAUCUCCUUAAAGAUUAUUUUGAAAAACAAGCAGAAGAAAAACAGAAGAAAAAGAGUGAAAAAGAUAAAUCCAAAGAUAAAUCUCAUUCACAAAAGGACGUGGUAUAGAUAUUUUGUAUUUAUAUAAAUUCAAAUUUAUUUUACACUGUACAUUUUUUAUAUUUUUACUACCCCAAAACACUUGUUAUCGAAAAAGGUAGUUCAUGAUAGUUAAAUAACAUUAAAGAGACACAUAUAAAAAAUUUGCUCUUCA